CAGAGCCUCUUUGUUCAUUCAAACAAAUUAGUAUUAACGUCCAAAGAAUCUGAGUAGGAAGGACGAGUACUACUGGUUCUUUACAAAUAUGAGGCUACCUAUGAACCCCGUACGGCCAUGCAUGGUCGCACCUGCAAAUCACGUGGGAUUCCGCUGCUGCGCCGCCGCGGCCACCCUCACACAACUACCCACUACUACUGCUACUAGGAAGAAACCAUUGGCCAAGAACUGGGAACCCAUUUCCCUAAAACCCAACAGUCCGUUCCCCGUCGCGGCAGCCGAACCGGGGCGAACGGGCCGGAUCAACAGGAGGUGGAUGGAGUACCAAGGGAUCAAGAACUGGGAAGGAAUGCUGGACCCGCUGGACGAUAAUUUGCGGGGCGAGAUAAUUCGGUACGGGCAGUUCGUCGAGACCACUUACCGGGCAUUCGACUUCGACCCGGAUUCUCCCUCAUACGCAACGUGUAAGUACGCGAAGGGCUCGUUGCUGGAUCGGGCCGGGUUUCCGGAAACCGGGUACCGUGUGACUAAGAACCUCCGCGCCACGUCAGGGAUACAAAUGCCGCGCUGGGUAAAGAACACGCAAAAUAAUUGGGUGGCGACCCGGUCGAGCUGGGUCGGGUACGUGGCCGUUUGCAAUGACAAGGAGGAGGUAGCGAGGCUGGGCCGCCGCGACGUGGUGGUGGCCCUCCGCGGGACCGCCACUUGCUUGGAGUGGCUCGAGAAUCUUCGAGCCACCCUGACCAAAAUUCCCGAUUCCGGGUCGGGCCCUGAUCCGGACCUUAAAGAAGCCAUGGUGGAGAGCGGGUUCUUGAGCUUAUACACUUCCGGAUCCGAAAACAACCCGAGUUUACAAUAUCUUGUGAGAGAAGAAAUUCAAAGACUACUCCAAAACUACGGUGACGAGCCAAUGAGCAUAACCAUCACCGGCCACAGCCUAGGCGCCGCGCUCGCUACGCUCGUGGCGUACGAUAUCAACACGACCUUCAAACAUGCGCCGCUCGUAACGGUCAUUUCCUUCGGCGGGCCCCGCGUGGGAGACCGGAGCUUCCGACACCGGCUGGAAAAACAGGGGACGAAGGUUCUGCGGAUAGUCAACUCCGAUGAUUUGAUAACGAAGCUACCGGGAUUCGUAAUGGACACCGACGACGACGACGUGGCGGGGGGCAACGAGUAUGUUCAAAUGCGGAAGUUUCCGGGUUGGAUCCAGAAGCGGGUUAAGGAGGCCCAGUGGGCUUACGCCGACGUCGGCCACGAGCUCCGGCUCAGCAGCAGGGAUUCGCCGUACCUCGCCGGAACCAAUGUGGCCAAGUGUCACGAUCUGAAGACGUACUUGCACCUGGUGAAUGGGUUCGUGAGCUCCACGUGCCCGUUCAGGGCCAGUGCGAGAGAGAUGAUGAAGAAGACGAAGAAGAAUUUGAAUAAUACAACGAAUUAUAAUACGAACCGUAGAAGGAUGAGUACAACGAAUGUGUAAAUGUAAAUAAGAGAGAGAGAGAGAGAGAGAGAGAGAGAGAGAGAGAGAGAGAGAGAGAGAGAGGAAAUUCUUUUGGAGUGUAAUUAGAAAGUAGAAACCCCACGUUACGUUAAUUCUUUCAUCAGUCGAUCGGCAGGCUAGCAUGCGCCAUGGGGGUGAUAAAAUUGAUGCUUUGUCUUGCUUUUUCUAGGUUAUUGACUGUUUCGUGGACGAGGCUUGUAAGAAAUUAUUGGCACGCCCGGCUCGUUUGGUCCAACCACAAA